AAAUAUUGGGAAGCUUAACCUUGCCAAAUGAUAAGACAAUCAGCUGGGCUUACUGAAUCAAUCGACCUAACCUUUCUGCUAAACAGUGGAGAGUGAACAGAGAAGGACAGUACAGUAAAUUUAAUCAAAAUUUGAAAAUUCUAUAAAAUUAUUUGUCAAAAAUGUCAGCUAAUGUAGCUAGGCCUGUAGUACGACAAGUCAAACCUCUUUUAUCGUUGGAUAAAGAAGAGGCAAGAAAAAGAGCACUGAAUCUGUAUAAAGCUUGGUACCGUCAAAUUCCCUACAUUGUUCGGGACAACACCAUUCCAAAAUCUGUUGCACAAUGCCGAGCCAAAUUGCGUGAAGAAUUCGAAAAACAUCGCAACCUGACUGAUAUCAGAGUUAUCGAUAUGCUGGUUAUCAAGGGCCAGAUGGAGUUGAAAUCCUGUGCCAACAAAUGGUCUCAAAGCUGCCACGUCAUGAACUUCUUCAAGGAGUCCUACGAACCAAAACCCAAAGAUUUCCUGUCGAAAUUCAUGGAAGGAAGAGUUUGAAUUUGCAAUUAUCUCUUGUUUCUGCUCAUAGAACUAGAUCAGUCAGACGUGGUUUGAUAUUUUGUAAAUAGAGUUAUUAAUUGAUGCUAUAAUAAAAUUGGUCAUUUCAAAGUUUA